CAUGCAGGACAGCGGCCCUCGAGGACCGGAGUUCGACACCCCUGAGUUAGAGGGUUGAUAACUGCCGUCGUAGUACCGCUUAUCGUGACUGCGAUUGUUAGGCUUCGCGUAGCCGGGUAACUGAAAGUAAUCCAGAGCAUGUUGAUCUUGAUUCGUAGUACAGGCCCCGGUUCUUUCUCUGAUCGUGGGAAACUAAACCCAUUCUUAUUUGUACACACACACACACGCGCGCACACACAACAGAGAGAUUCCUGUGUGUUUCCCCUCCAGACCGAUGGGGGCGGAAACUGUUCUGGAGUCAUUCUUGCAGAGGUGGCUUUGAAGAGAGCACAGACCAGUAUGCGGAUUGUGACACGUAUCCAACUGUUUACGUGUCUGGGAUAACUCAGUGUGGGACAGGGUUUUAUGCCAAAAUUCGCUGAAUUGUAACAUUGUUUCGUCUGUUGAAUGACGAUUUGAAAGGAUGGAGACAGGAGCGUGCGACGGUACUGCGGGUGCACAUUAUAUUGAGCCGUCCUCAAGACAGGAGGAGCCAACUGAGAAUGAGUGCAAUAAUGAUCAACAUAAUGCCACAAACAAGCUGUCAGGGCCUGCACCAGAGAAUGUAGCAUGGACUGACAGCAGGAUGAAACACCUGUUUGGGUUUGAAAGGGAGGACUUGUCCUCUUGGCAUCGGCUAGUGUGCCUCCUAAACCGCCCCACUGAUCCAGCCUCAUUGGGCAUCUUUCGUUUCUUAUUUGGUAUGCUGAUGGCUGUGGAUAUUACCCAGGAGAGGGGCCUAAGUCACCUAGACUAUAAGUACCUGGACGGAGCUCCAAUCUGCCGUUUCCCUCUCUUUAACUUCCUGUAUCCUCUGCCUCUUGAUUGGAUGUACCUGGUUUACAUGGUGAUGUUUUUAGGUGCUGUAGGCAUCAUGCUGGGAUGUUUCUACAGACUGUCCUGCCUCAUGUUCAUCUCAACCUACUGGUACAUCUUCUUCCUGGAUAAGACGGCAUGGAACAACCAUUCUUAUCUCUAUGGCCUCAUCGGCUUUCAGCUCACAUUCAUGGAUGCUAACAGAUACUGGUCAGUUGACGGAUUACGUAAUUUCAAGAAAAGAAAUGCUCAGGUGCCACUUUGGAAUUACACGGUUCUGAGGACUCAGGUUUUCAUUGUAUACUUUAUCGCUGGAAUAAAGAAAUUAGAUGCUGAUUGGGUAGAGGGAUACUCCAUGUCGUAUCUUGCGCACCACUGGCUCUUUGACCCUUUCAAGCUAAUUUUGCCUGUUGAGAUGGUGAACCUGCUGGUGGUACACGGAGGUGGUUUGAUUCUGGACCUGACUGCUGGCUACCUGCUGUUCUUUGACGCCACGCGGCCCUUUAGUUUCUUUUUUGUCAGCUACUUCCACUGCAUGAACUCUCAGCUCUUCAGCAUUGGAAUGUUUUCCUACACUAUGUUGGCCACGAGUCCCAUCUUCUGCUACGCUGAUUGGCCCAGACGCUUCUUUGCCUAUUUCCCGGCAUUUCUCACGGUGGUGUUGCCCUUCACAACUCCAGACCCGCAGCCCAGUAUUUCCUGUGUGUACCACGAGGCCCAGAACCCGCCUGCUGAAGCACAUGACACUGUCCCUGUCUCCAAGGCCUCCAAACCUUGGUUGAGACACAAGCUCGGAGCCCUCUUCACCAUCAUUUAUCUGACUGAACAGUUCUUCCUCCCAUACUCCCACUUCAUCACACUGGGCUAUAACAACUGGACCAAUGGUCUGUAUGGUUACUCUUGGGACAUGAUGGUUCACUCCCGCACCCAUCAGCAUGUGAAGAUUACCUACAAGGACGGAAAAACAGGAGAGGUUGGAUAUCUCAACCCAGGGGUUUUCACUCAGAGCCGGCGCUGGAAGGACCAUGGGGACAUGCUGAAGCAGUACGCCACCUGCUUGAACCAUCACCUGCCUCACUACAAUAUUUCCGACCCAGAGAUCUACUUUGAUAUCUGGGUAUCUAUUAACGAUCGCUUUCAGCAAAGGAUCUUUGACCCUCGGGUGGACAUUGUCAAAUCGGAUUGGUCCCCCUUCCAUCCAAACCCCUGGCUUAUGCCACUGUUGGUUGACUUAUCUCCCUGGAGGACCAAGUUCCAGGAGAUAGAGGGAACCUUGGACAACCAGACAGAGAUUGUCUUCAUAGCUGACUUCCCAGGUCUCCACCUGGAAAACUACGUUAGUGAAGACCUAGGCAACACCAGUGUUCAGGUGCUACAGGGCCAGCUGAGUGUUGAGGUGGUGUCAGAGAACAAAAACUAUACCCUAAAGACUGGAGAACAGAUGAAGCUACCACCUGGAGCCUACCAUAAGGUGUACACAGUUUCAACUGAGCCAUCGUGCUACAUGUACAUCUAUGUGAACACCACAGAGGCAGCACUCCAGAAGAACUUCACCAAGCUGUUUGAACUACAGGAGCGCAUCCGCAAUGGAACGGAGACAGAACCACUGCCCCCAGAACUACAACCACUUGUUUCUCCGAACGAUGAUGAAAGUACAGAGAUUAAUACAACAGAUCCAGUGGUGCGGCUGUUUCUGCGACGACAGCGGCAUAUAAAGGAGGUCAAAAAACGUAGGGAAGCAAGUUUGUUGGAGAGGCUGCAUCGCUUCUCUGUGAAAAAGUACUGGAUGUUACGACGAGGGUUCUUGAUGAUGGCCAUUGCAAUGCGAAACCUGGUGGUGGGACUUCCUCCUUUGGAACAGCUGACAAGAGAGGUGGCCUAUGCCAACAUGAAGGAACCUCAGAAUGAGGGUGGAAAGGAUGAACACCUCAAAGAAGAAGUUGGUCAUGGAGAGCUUUAGGAUAGAUGCAAGGGUUUUCAAAGAAUGCAAAGUGCCUAUGCAAAUAAGUGAAUUACUGAUUUACAUGAUGGGACUGAGGGAUUGUGUUCUAGACUGUUACCCACUAAAGACAAAUCUAAGAAUAGUUUUUAAAUGGUUACAUUUGAAAUUUGAUUUUUUUACAGGCUGUCCAUUAUUUAAAUAUGUUGAGCAGAUGUUUCAGAUUCUGUGAACACAUUCCUAAUCUUUCUGAGGAAUUACAUUACCUUUUUGUAUUAUUAAAAAGUAUCCAUAUUCCUUCA